GUGUGGGACCUUGGUGGACAAACGUCAAUUCGCCCAUAUUGGAGGUGUUAUUAUGCUAAUACCGAUGCCAUUAUCUACGUGGUAGAUUCUGCUGAUAGGGACAGAGAUAUUCCCAAUUGUCUGACUCCAGCUGAGGUCCAUAAAGCACUGGGGCUGGAGGCAUUACGAAAUAGGACGUUCCAGAUUUUCAAAACUUCUGCGUCAAAGGGUGAAGGACUUGAUGAGGCUAUGGAAUGGUUGGCCAAUAACCUGCAGCAAAAAAAGUAG